AUGAGGUCAUCUCCGCAAGCCAAAAUCGACUAUAGCGAGGAGCCAUGGAAAGAAAAUAAAAUCUUUGCCUCCCAGGAAACCCAAGCCAAAACUCCAGAGAACAACCUACUAGAGGCAAUUACAUCCUGGGCGGAAGAAGUCGAUCCACUCACCCUAGAGGAGCGUGAACAACUUCCGCAGGACUCGGACACAAAGUCUUGCCAUACACCAUGGCGCGACCAAAUCUAUUAUAUGUGGAACCAUGUAUUUUAUGAUGUUUGCAAUUGGAUGUCUUGGACGUACGGCACUAGAAUCUUCAAACCACCCAAUACAGAGGUCUUCGCCCUUGAAUUUCCGACAUCCCAUGAGAAUGGUGACGGUAGGAAGGACCCCGCCGCCACGAAAGUCUGGGACGCAGAGACUCUGCUUAUUCCGGCUUACAUGGCCCGGGGGGUUUCUUUGCGUGUUGAAACGCUUAAUCCUGGCCAAGAGGAUGGUGAAGCUUUUCAUCCUGCGGACUUUAACCAUAGGGACCGUUAUAGUGUCUGGUAUGUGAAGAAGGAGCUGCAAAUACGAUUUUAUGUCGAAGGAGACUGGGAUCGGAGCGCGGACGGAGUGGCUGCAGUGAUGGUCUAUGGGAAUAUGUUAGGUGAGCCGCUCGAAAUUGUGGACGAAGAGAGCGAAGAUGGUAAACAUAAAGAGUAG